AUGGUCAAGAGCAUAUUUGAGUGCAAUCCAAUUACUCUUUCUCUCUCUAGGCAAUGGGGUGGGAUAGAGUCCUACAUGGAUGAGCAAUGGAAUGGGUCUCUUGAAGAGGUAUAUUUAAGGGAGAGAAAGAAAGAGUGGGGGAGAGAGAAGGAGAGGUUGCUUGGUGAGAGAUCGGAGGUAAUUGAGCGGCAGAUUGCAUGA